UCCUUCCUGAAUAUCAGCCUUUACGUACGGCGCUGUCCACUCAACGUGGGCUGUGUGGAUGUGGCAGCUGAACACAGCAGCCCGGCGGACUCCGUGUCUCCUCAGCGCCCUCUGAAGUGAAGCUGUGCCGGUUACCUUGAUCUUCACGUCCUCAGGUGUGUGUGUGUGUGCAGGUGUCAGGACCAUGUUCACCCGGCUGGCCCUCUGCCCCCGCCUGCCAUGCAGGAACAGGCUGUCAUAUGUGUGUCCAGUCUCCAGCAGAGCGGUCUCCCAGGCCAAAUUCCCACGGCCUCAUGGGAAGUCUUUUGCUCACCGCAGUGAGUUAAAACAGGCCAAACGCAUCGUGGUGAAGCUCGGGAGCGCUGUGGUGACGCGAGGAGAUGAGUGCGGGCUGGCGCUGGGACGCCUGGCCUCCAUCGUGGAGCAGGUGGCCGUGCUGCAGAAUCAGGGCAGGGAGAUGAUGAUCGUGACGAGCGGAGCCGUGGCGUUUGGGAAGCAGAGGCUGAGACACGAGAUCCUGCUGUCUCAGAGCGUCCGGCAGGCUCUGCACUCGGGACAGAACCAGCUCAAAGAGAUGUCGGUGCCAGUUUUAGAGGCGAGGGCGUGUGCGGCUGCAGGACAGAGUGGACUGAUGGCUUUAUAUGAAGCCAUGUUCACCCAGUACAGCACCUGCACUGCUCAGAUUCUGGUCACAAACUUGGACUUCCACGACGAGCAGAAGCGCCGUAACCUGAACAGCACGCUGCACGAGCUGCUGAGGAUGAACAUCGUCCCCAUCAUCAACACCAACGACGCCGUGGUCCCGCCGCCCGUUCCCAACAGUGACCUGCAGGGGGUCAAUGUGAUCAGCAUCAAAGAUAACGACAGCUUGGCUGCUCGGCUGGCCGUGGAAAUGAAAGCAGAUCUCCUCAUCGCUCUGUCUGACGUGGAAGGUUUAUAUGACAGCCCUCCAGGAACAGACGACGCUAAGCUCAUCGACAUCUUUUACCCCGGAGACCAGCAGUCCAUCACGUACGGCACAAAGUCCAGAGUCGGCAUCGGAGGCAUGGAAGCAAAGGUGAAAGCAGCGCUGUGGGCUCUGCAGGGCGGCACGUCCGUCAUCAUCGCUAACGGCACCCAUCCUAAAGUCACGGGACACGUCAUCACCGACAUCGUGGAGGGGAAGAAAGUCGGCACCUUCUUCUCUGAAGUGAAGCCUGCAGGUCCCACGGUGGAGCAGCAGACGGAGAUGGCUCGACAUGCAGGACGGACUCUGGCCUCUUUGGAUCCUGAGCAGAGAGGAGAGAUCAUCUGCUGUCUCUCUGAGCUGCUCACUGAGAAGAAAGACGAGAUCCUGAAUGCCAACAGGAGAGACAUGGAGGCCGCUGCAGCGUCAGGACGUUUCUCCCAGCCGAUGAUAAACCGCCUCAGUCUGUCCACCGCCAAGCUCAACAGCCUCGCCAUCGGCCUGCGUCAGCUCGCCGCGUCCUCCAGGGACAGCGUGGGUCGUGUUCUGAGGAGGACCAGGGUGGCCAACAACCUGGAGCUGGAACAGAUCACCGUUCCAAUCGGAGUCCUGCUGGUCAUCUUUGAGUCCCGCCCUGAUUGUCUCCCUCAGGUGUCAGCUCUAGCUAUAGCCAGCGGGAACGCUCUGCUGCUGAAAGGAGGAAAAGAAGCUGCAAACACCAACAAGAUCCUGCAUCAGCUGACUCAGGAGGCUCUGUCCAUGCACGGAGUCGCAGACGCCAUCCAGCUGGUGAGCACCCGUGAAGAAGUCGAGGACCUCUGCCGGCUGGAUAAGCUGAUCGACCUGAUCAUCCCUCGGGGCUCGUCUCAGCUCGUCAAAGACAUCCAGAGAGCGGCGAAGGGGAUUCCUGUUCUGGGCCACAGCGAGGGCGUUUGCCACGUCUACAUCGACCAGGACGCCGGCAUCGACAAAGCCAUCGACGUUGUCAGAGACUCCAAGUGUGACUACCCUGCAGCCUGCAACGCCAUGGAGACGCUCCUCAUCCACAGAGAUCUCCUGAGAACUCCCAUCUUUGACCAGAUCAUCGACAUGCUGAGAACGGAACAAGUGAAGAUCCACGCAGGCCCCCGGUUUGCAUCCUAUCUCACCUUCAGCCCCAACGAGGUGAAGUCUCUGAGGACAGAGUACGGGGACCUGGAGUGCUGCAUCGAGGUGGUGGACAGCAUGCAGGAAGCCGUGGACCACAUCCAUAAAUACGGCAGCUCUCACACGGACGUCAUCAUCACUGAGAACGAGGAGACAGCUGAGCAGUUCCUGCAGCAGGUGGACAGCGCCUGCGUCUUCUGGAACUCCAGCACUCGCUUUGCAGACGGAUACCGCUUCGGACUCGGAGCUGAGGUCGGAAUCAGCACGGCACGGAUACACGCCAGAGGUCCCGUGGGUCUGGAGGGGCUCCUGACGACCAAAUGGGUCCUUCGAGGAGAGGGACACACUGUGGCCGACUUCUCUGAGCAGGGGAGCAUGAAGUACCUCCAUGAGAACAUCCCCGUGCCUCAGGGGAGCUUCAGUUAGAUCCUGACCCUCAGAGAUCUUCAUCCCCUCUAUGAAUCCACGGUGUUGAUGCAGGAAAUGUGCAUGCAGGACAGAACAGAGGCUGCUCUACCGGACCAGCAGGUGUCCGGUUUGGUGAACUUGUUGUUACAAACCUGUGGAGGAGAAAUGUGUCAUGGUGAAAAGAGAAACAGUUUGAUUCUUCUUCUUAUGUGUGUGUGAGUGUGACAUGUACAAACAGCGCUUACCUCUGUACGUCAGAAACAGAAAUCCUUGGCUCGUCUGGUUUUCUAACUUAUUUUUCUACACAUGAAAGUCUCCUCCUCCUCCUCUGUGGAUUUUUAAUGUUCUGUAAGAGUUGGAUCUUGGUUCAGUUACUGUUGCUUUGUUUCCUCUUUGCACACAUGAUAAACAAAUAUACUGUACAGUUCUUUACCAA